UCACAAAAUUAUCCAGUGCAUUCUUUAAAUCCUACUUUCCUUUUCAGUUUUAGAAUGUAAAGUCUUACAUUAAAAGUAAACUGAAACUUUAUUCAAUGAAUUGAUGAUGGGCUUAUUGAUUGCUUCUUAAAAUGGUACAUCAAGACUUGGAUUAUCUUUUUGAUACGCUGGAUGUUAGCUGCCAAGGCUAUAUAGAAUGGAUAGACUUGCAAGAAUUUGAUGAAACCGUGUAUUCCAAACCACUGGAUAUUGAACAACUGGAAGCAACCAUCAACACAGUAUGUGGCCCAAGUUCAAAUGGAAAAUGCCGCAAAGAAUAUUUCCCUGACGUUGUGAGAGAGCUUGAAAGACGGCAUGUUAUGGAAGAAAAAGUUAAAUGGGAUUUUCGAGCUUUGGAUGUUGAAGAUGUUGGUCGGAUUUCCAUAAAGUCUGCCUUGUUUUUGUUCAAGGCUGUGCAUGGUAAUCGGUUCUCACAAGCGUAUUGGAGAAAAUUUUUAGAAGGUCGUGUUAAUUCUGAUGAGGAUGUGUGUUUUGAUGAAGCCAAAUUAUUUUUGUGCAAUGUUCCAGAAUUUGCUUCAGCUAACACGGAUGAAGACUACCUAGAGCAAGAAAAAGCAAUCACAGAACGUGUACAACAGAAAGAUUAUGAAAACCAUUCAGAACUGCAGAAACUUCAGGAAGAUGAUGCUUAUUUAGCAGCAAAAGAAAGAGAACGGCAAGCUGUGUCCUUAAAAAUAAAAAACAGAGCAGAUCAUUUAUUAAAUCGCAUGGAUGAGAUUGGAAUGCAAGCCUUGCUUGAAGAUGACCUCAUGGAGGGUAUGGAGUUUGAAGGAAGACCAAAAGAAAAAGUUACUGCCACAGAGUUGUUAAAUGCACUCAAAGAAAAAUAUGAAGUUCUUCGUGAGAAACUACUGCAUCAAAUGUUACGCAUUCAUGUUGGUGAAGGCAUGUGGCAGACCCUCACUGAGCAUGAGCAACAUGAAAAGUUGUUUCAAUUGAAGCUAAAAGAAGAAAAGUUACGUAAAGAGGGAAAACUGGACACCAUGGCAAUUCAUCUGCCAGGAUCUCGUGUUUCUCUAAAGUUUAAUUUGUUCUCACUGGUGGGAGAAUCUGGUACGGAAUUAGAGAAGAGGUUGUCUGAAGAAGAACAGAAGGUCCAGGAAAGUGGCUUGUCUAAAGAUGAAGUCAGAAAUGAAUUUCUCAAAAAAUUGGAUCAAAGAGAAAUGGAACAUUCCUCGACAGAGGCUGUGUUGGUUGAUAUUAACAACCGAUACACAUAUGAGAGAGAAGUUUUAACGAACAAACUGCAAGGCUUAUCUGGUUUUACCACUUUAAAUCCAUUCGAAAGAGAAAACAUAUUAUUUUGUUUGGUUCAAGCAAGGCUUCGUGGUACUCAAGAAAGUGCUUUCGCAAGUUGUGGUAUUUGUGUAGGAUUAAGUGAAAGAGUUCAACCUCAAAAGGAUGCAAGAUUUGACAAAGACCCACAAAAACAAUCCAAUCUCAGUACUUACCGAAUUCAGCACCACAAAAAUAAACGUGCCCAUGAUGGACCCACUGUUCCUCCAAAGUUGUUUCCAUUAAAGUCAAAGUUAGGCCGUGUUGAUCUUGUCCUGCAACUUGUUCAAGAAAGUGAACGCCGAUUUGCUCUGGAACGAGAAGCUCUACUUACUAUGAUGAACUCCAAAGAUUGUUUAAUGCACAGAAUGUCUGCUCGAAAAUUAAAUCAAGAUGAGCGGAAAGGCCAGCUAACAGUUUUGAUGGCUCAAUGGCAGGGAUGGAGAGCAAAACCGUCAAGUGAAAAGCUUCAGCUUCUUUCUCAGAAUCGUCGUUGUUUAGAAGAGGCAAUUGCUUUAAAAUAUGAAUCCUUGAAAGAAGAGAAGCUCUUAGAGAAAAAUGGAAAUAUCGAAGAUGGCAUUGCUGGCAUAACUCUGCUGACAUCUUUGCAGAUAAAACAGGAUCAAGUUUGCCAAAAUCUUUUGAAUGUUGGUACCAUGACCAAAAAUGAACUCGACGGUUUGCGCAACGAACAAGUUCAAGCUAUUACUGAGGAAUGGUUUGAUAAUGUUGCUGUUGUUGUUUUCGGUAUUAUUGAAACUUCAGAUGAAGAGGAGGAACUGCUACAAGCAUUGAAUGAUAAAUAUGACACUUUACGCGAUAAGUUGCUAAUGGAUGCGUUAAUGAAGCAAUAUAGUCAGGCUGAAUGGGAUAAACUGUCAGAACAAGAAAGACAAAACCGACUUGCGAAGUUGAAGCUCUUGGAAAAGAAACUACGACAAGAAGGAAAGUUUGACGAACUAGCAAAGUUACUUGGUGAUGCUGCUCAAGAUUCUGACCUAUUAAAUAAAAUGCUAGGGGAAAAUCGACAGAAAUAUCUAGAUCAAUUAAAUGAGUGCCUACGCAACCGUCAACGUCGCAUUGAAGCUGGUGAAGAUCCUGAUUCAAUAGAAAGUGAAAUGGAAGAGCUUUCUGAAACAUCAUCGGGGAAUAUAUUGCGAGAUUUAGAUAAACGCUUUGAAGAUGAAAGGGAUGCGUUACUCAGAAGGCUAAGGGAAGAGAAUGACCGUAAAAACAGAGAACGAGAUCGACAAGCUGAACUUGCAAGAUUAAGGUUAGAGGCUCGAAAAGCUGGCAGGGAAGCUAAUUUUGGCAGUGCAGCAUUGGUACUUGGCCUAGCUGAACGCAACAAGGCUGCUUUAGAAGAUAGGUUAAAGAAUGACAGGGAGAGGCAAGAACAGUUAGCUCGAGAACGUUUAGCAGCCCGUCGAAGAAGAAAGUCAACAAAAGCAGAAGAGGAACAAAACGAGAUUGAACCUUCAGCAGAUGACAUAACUGGUUGGCAAGAUUUUGUUCUAAAAGAGCUAGCACGCAAACAGGAAAUUGAGAGAAAUUUAUUUGUUGAUAUGAUGCAAGAAAAAGAAUCAGAGGAUUUGAAACAAGAAGCGAGAGAAAUGACCAGUGAUGAUUUGAAUGAAAGGUUAAACAAGUUAAAAGCUAAACGAGAUGAGUUGGAUUUCGCAGUAAAAUCUGACCAAGAGGAGCAUGUCUCUAUUUUGGAGAUGGCAAUGGCAGUAAAAUUCAUAAGCAAAGAAGCAAUCCUCAAAGGUACAUCUGGGAAAGAUCCAACAGCUGAUGAUGUCAUUGUUGCAUUAAUGGCUGAUCUACAACAACUUCAAGAUGACGAAACACGUUUGGUUGUUGACCAGUUGCCUACAAUGGAACAAACCCAAUUGGUGUCACUUCGAAACCAAUUUGUUGAGGAGAGACAGUUUGGUAAAGUAGAAAAUGUUGCAAAACUGAUUUUCUCGUAUGGAGGUUCCACCAGUGAUAACGAGAUGGUAAAAGCUCUAGAUAAGAAAUAUGAUGCUUUGUUGGAUAAACUAGCUUUGGAAGCUCUAAAGAAACAAAUGAGUGAUGCUGAGUGGGCAAAAUUAUCUGAACAAGAAAGACAAGCCAAAUUAAUAAAAAUGAGGCUUGAACAAAAACGUUUGCUUAAAGAAGGAAAAUUGGAUGAAGCUGCUCGACUUCUUGGGGAUGGUUUCAAAGCAGAUGCUAAUUUAAAGAAACUAAUGGGUGAAAACAAAAAGAAGUAUGAUGAACUACUUCAAGAAAGACUGCGCCAACGUAGAGAACGCAUAGCAAAAGGUGAACCUGUUGAUGAUCUGGAUAUUGAUGCAUUACCUGAAGAAGAGACUGAAGAACAAACAGCAGAUGCAAAAACAAUACUUGAAGAUCUUCAGAAAAGGUAUGACGAUGAAAAGGAAGCCUUACUUGCAAGACUUCAUGGUACUGAUUCGCAAUUUAUGAAUGAGCGAGAAAGGCAGGCAGAAUUGGCAAGACUACGGAGAGAGCAAAGAAAAGCUGAGCUUGAAGAAAAAUUUGGUGCAGCUGCAAUGGUUUUAGGCUUGGCUGAGAGAAACAGUGCUGCAUUGAAAGAAAGACUGCAAAAUGACCGUUCGCGACAAGAACAAUUAGCAAAGGAAAGGUUAGAGCGCCUACGCCAAAAACGUUUGUCAGCGAGUAAAGUUGAGACUGAAAUUGUGAAAGAAGGCUCAGAGGUAAACAAUGCUGUCAUGAAACAUAUGGAAAAGAGACAUGCUUUGGAGCAAGAGGACUUGGUUGAGUAUAUAAAGCUAGAAAAUAAUCAACAUCUCGAUGCAUCAUUGGUAAUGACAAUGACAGACCGGCAAACACGCCUUCAACAACUAAAAGAAUUGAUCAACAUUAAUGAUGAUUACAAUGAUACUUUGAAUGAAAUGGCUGCAUUAAAAAGCAUGAAUCGUAAGACCGCACUAAAUUCAAUAAAUCAAGAGAGACGGAUAAGCCCUGAUGACGUUGUUGUAUCUGUUUUGGCUGAUUUGCAACAAAUACAAGAUGAAGAAAGUGAAGCAGUACUAAAGAGUUUGCCAGAGAAGAGUUCAGAAGAUUUGAUUGAAAUGCAGGAGCAUGAUGAGAAAUUAUGUAGCGAGAGGAAAUUUCCUAACCUUGUGUUCGUUCUCACAAUGGCUGAAGCAACAAAGAAGACAGAUGCGAAUGAUUUGAUUGAUGCGUUGGAAACAAAGUACGAUGCGUUAAAGGAUAAGCUGAUUUUAGAUGCCCUGGAAAAACAAAUGGGUGAUCUUCAAUGGGCAGCAAUGAACGAACAAGAAAGACAACGGCAGUUGAUGAAGAUUAAAUUAGAACAAAAAAAAUUAAAACAGGAAGGUAAGCAAGAUGAAGCCACAAGAAUAAUGAACGAUCUUCUGAAGCAAGAUACUAAUAUUCAGUCUUUACUUGGUUCAUCAAAAGCUGAACAAGAAAGGCGUUUACAAGAGAAGUUAGAGCAACGUAAAAAGAGGCGAGAGCAAGGGAUGAGUUAUCUGGAUAUUGCCAAAUUAGAAGAAGACGAAGAUAAAGAGUUUGAAGAAGAAGUGGCGAACACAACUUCAGGAAAUAUUUUGCAAGAUUUAGAGAAAAACUUUGAAUCAGAGAAAGAAGCUUUACUUGGAAUGUUAAAAGGUACUGAUUCAAGACUGGACAAUGAACGCCAACGUCAGCUAGCUUUAGCACGGUUGCGAAGGGAAGCAAAAAAAGCACAAGCCGAAGAAAAGUACGAUGCAGCUGCACUGGUACUUGGUAUGGCGAAGUCUCAACAAGCCAGUCUUAGUGCAAAAUUGGCUAGUAAUCGACUACGUCAAGAACAACUAGCAAGAGAAAGAUUGCAAGCAAGGAAGAACAAACGUCUUGCAGCGGCUGCUACUUCAGAAGAACAGAUCGAUGAAAGUGCAGCAAACACUGAUGAUGUUUUAGUGUUGCAAGAGAAUGUUUUAAGUGAAAUGGAAAAAAAACACACGUCAGAACGUGAAUUGUUAAUCCGUUUAAUCCAAGAAUCUGCAUCCAGUGAGUUGGGAAAGAAAGCCAGUGAAAUGACUUCAAAUGAACGAAAAACAAAACUUUUCGAGCUAAAGGAAUUUCGAAAUCAGUGGAGAGAAAGCAAUGAUAAUCCUGACGAGCAAUUUGAAAUAUUCCAAGAGGCGGUUGCGUUUAAGAUUGAAGAGUUGAAGGGAGAGUUGGAAGACGAAGACGUUGAAGUAAAGUUGCUUGCUGACUUGCAAGAUAGCCAGGAUAAAGAAGCAGAACUUAUGAUGAAAGAUCUUGCGGAUAAGAAUGCGCAAACGUUAAAACAACUUGUGAAAAUCCAACAAUUGGCGCGCCAGUCAAAAUGGAAUGACAAUGUUGCCGUGGCUUUGUUAGGUGUUAAAAUGCUGACGUCAGCGGAUGAAGGAGAAGAUGAAUUGGUAGAUGCGUUAAAAGAAAAAUAUGACGCUUUAAAAGAGAAGAUUUUCCUGGAAGCACUUAAAGCUAAAUUCGGUGAUGCAUGGGAUGAGAUGUCUGAGAAGGAGAAACAAGAACAUUUGGCGAAGAUGAAAGCAAACGAAGAGUUGAACACAGGUGACGAAGAAACUCAACGUGAUCUUGACUCGAUUGAUUUGCCUGGCAUGGAGAAAUUAGUCGGGAAAACACGUGCUAAGCAAGAACGCAAACUGAAAGACCGCAUGGAGAAAAGAAAGCGCGCGAAAGCUGAAGGUAAGUCGAUGGACGAAAUCGAGGCUGAAGAACGGAAAGAAGAUGAGAAUGAAGAAAAUGAUAUGGUGAAGGGAAGCGAGGCAUUAAAAAAAUUACAGGAUCAAUUUGAGAGUGAGAAGAACGCCAUUUUGGAGAGGCUGAUGAACAAUGACACAAAGGAGAUGAACGAACGUGAACGACAACUUGCUUUAGCUCUCCUUCGGAGAGAAAAAAUGCGAAUCAAAAGAGAAGAAAAAUAUGACGGAGCAGCUUUAGUUCUUAACCUGGCUAAACAAAAUAAAGCAAAGCUGGAGGAGAGUUAUGAAACUGAGCGAGCACGUCAAGAACAGCUCGCCAGAGAAAGAAUUGAAGCCAUGAAAAAGAAGAGGAAUGAGAAGAAGAGCGAAAAAGAAAAACUCAUGGACGAAGAAAAGACGGACCAGAAUGAAGAUUUGGUUGCUGUUGAACAGAUGCAACGGGAAGGAACUGUUGCGCUUCACGACUCUGUUCUUAAUGAAAUGGAAAAGAAACAUGCCAAUGAGCAAGAGACUCUUCUUGCCAUGGUUGGAGACAUCGAGACAAACGCUCUCGAAGCUGGCCUGAAUAUGUCUGACGAUGAUAGACGAGAGAAACUGAGUUUGAUUUCCAUCUCAAGAAACAAGUCUAAAGAACAAUCGAGAAGAUUUCUAAAUUCACAACCACCUGAGCAUACAAUGAACAAGGAAGAGAAAGAAGUUUUUAAUACAAACGUGGGAGAUGGCCGCACUGCACAUCAGAAAAUACUAAAAUAUGGAUUAACGUUGGCCCUGGCAGGUAAAAUGAAGGCACUACCCACAGACACUUCUCAAGAAAAUCUAAAGGAUGACGCUACAGUAUUGUUAAUGGCUGAUCUGCAAGAAAAACAAACGCAGGAAAAUAACGCAUUAAUGCAAGCUCUUACCCAGUCUGACCGCGAAAUAGCCGAACGUUUGAAGCUCGAACAGCGGAAAUCACGUCGAGCCGGAUGGAUGGAUAACACAGCAUUGGUUGUGUUCGGCGACAGAACAACGAGUGGGAAGUCGGACAGUAAAGCACAAGAAAACGAAUUGAAAGAAGAGGAACAAAAACUCCAACAAGAAGCAGAAGAACAGCUAGCUAAACUUGAAAAAGAAAUUGAAGAAGAAAAACAGAAACAACUUUCCUCAAUGAGUGAAGAUGAAAUCGCCAGUUUCAUGGAAGAACUUCAACGACAGGAAAAUGCCAAGCGAUCGGCCAUACAAGAUCAACUUUCCCGACAAAAAGAAAUCGCACUGCAACGACUUGCAGAAAAACGUCGAAAACGCGACGACAAAUUAUACGAAAACGAUCUAGCGUCGGCUAUGAUAGUUAACGCCCACAAGAGGACGGAAAUGAUGCGAGAAAAAACCAUGGCGUUACAGGGCGCACAAAAAGAUUCGUUGGAAGAGCGACUGCGUCGGCGUCGGGAAGAUCGAAAACGACGUCAAGAAGAAGCCGCUGAAAAAGAACGGCUUGAAAUGGAGGCGGAAAAGAAGAAACAGGAGGAAAAAGCUGAACAAGCGAGAAAAGAAAGCGAAGAAAAAGAAGAAGAUAAACGUGAAGAAACAGCUUCAAGCGACGAUACCGCGCAAACAACGCCCACUGAUAAAGCGCCCGAAGUGAAGAAAAAGAAACCCAUGCCGCCCCUGCCAGGAGGCGGUAUGCGUCGUGAGAAGACGGUUGUUGAGCAAGCAGCGGAGAUCACAGAUAAUCAGAAACAGAAAAUGAUUAACAUGUUGAUGCGGGAACAGACCUCGCUUGCUGUGAAGAUUGGAAGAGAGAAGACUAGACAAGAAGAACGGGUUCGAGAACUUCGAGAGAAGAGAAGGCGUAAGAUGGACGCUCGUGAAGAAGAAGCUGCUGCAGUGUUGGGCUUAGGUGAAAGACAAAAAACUAUCGUUGAGGAUCGUAAGAAGGGAGAGAGAGACCGACAGAUUGGUCAAAUUCGUGAACGUGUCAAUCGCAUCAAACACGAGCGGACGAUGACGAUGAAAGAUCCUACAGUCAAUCGAAGUAAGAAAAGUUUUGCAAAUAUGGCGCAAGACCAACCGGAUGGUCUGACCGAAGACGAAAAAAUGCAACGUAUUGCGAAAGAAAUGGAGAAGAAAUUCAAAGAAGGUGGAGUUCAGAGUGUGACCACGGAACUUACGCAGGAAGAAGAAGAAGAAAUAAAAAAAGAGAAAGAAGAUGAAGAUCUGAAAGAUACUUCUCAGUCGCGUGGAAAACUCGACGCAAAAACAAAAGCGCAGAUUUUAAAAGAACGUCAAAAAGCAAAGAAACUUCGUCGAACCAGCAACAUGCCGCCGUCGGCAGGUGGAGAAGCCAGCGGCAACGAAGAUGGUUAGAAGGUAUGCACGUAAGUAUCAUCGUGAGUGGUUUUCACGUAUGACCUUUUUACACAAUGUACAUACUUUGUAAGUAUUGAUUUAUUGAUUUUGUGGUAUGAUUUUUAGCUUAUUUAUUUGUUGAUUAAAAGAUUUUUUAUGUAAAGCGUUGUAUUUUUGUAAAUUUGACAGAUAACUUUUUACUGAUAUAUUGGUACCGAUAAAAUAUUUAAAAGCACCAGUUUGUGGUUGUAAGAUAACGCAGAUGUCGUUUUAUUAAAAUGGGUGCUAAAUACAUCAAGCUUGGGCGUCCUUAUUUAUAAAAGGCAUUCAUUGAUUUCUUACCCUCAAUAUCGAUUAGUGGCGGUCAUUCGCUUAAAUACAUGAUACUACGUGUAAACACGUGAUGCUAUUCUAAUAUGUGACAGAAUUUUCCAGUGUCUCAAACCUUCUUGAAACUUUUUAACACAUACUACCCCUGAAAACUCCCAGAAUACUGCUUAAAAAACUUCUUGGUUGUUUUAAAAGGGGGGAAUUUGAAUCUAUUUUUUGUUAUUUUUUUUUAAAUCAUACGGAAGCUGUUUUCAGUUUUCUUUCUCUCGUUAAAAUUUUUUUUGUCGAACUAAUUAACACCUAGAAGGAGGUCACUCCUUGAAACCUCUUGGAAUUUUUUUUUAAAAACUGAGAGACCACCCCGUGCAUAUUAUCUCCAUCUUCAUAUUUUAGCUUAGUUUCAUGUAACCUCGCACCGACCCUGUGUCAAAAAGUUUAAAAAAAUCCUGGGAUCUAUUAAAGCAUUCUUGUCAUCAAUCGUUACAUCAUUUAAAAGAAGCGAUAAAGUAUUUGUUUCCUAUGUCAUUCCCAGGGCUUCUUUUUUUGCUUCAAUAUGGCGCACAUAGCUGUAGCUUGCACUAACUAAGUAUAGUUUUCUAUUUUGUAAUACAAAAUAUCAUUCAAAUAUAUCGUCACAUGAAAA